AUGUCAAUCCCUAAUUUCAAAUCUAAACCCUCAUAUUGGACAAAGGAAGAUCCAAAAUUUUGUUCAAGGUCAGCUAAGAUAAAUGCAGUCAAACUUAGAAUUAAUCAUGGAAAGAGUUUACUUCAUUAUCCUUGCAAGCUAUAUGUAGAUGGAAAGGUAGAUGAAAUGAACUGGAAAUGGGAUGUCGAUUUGAUUUCAUACAUGGAGAUUUUCGAAGUAAUUAAGUCACUGAGUUAUGUAAGAGCCAAAUGUAUAUGGUACCACGAUCCAAAGUUUUCACUUGAGCGCAGACUUAGGCCUAUGAACAAUGAUAAAGAUAUACUAAAAUUUGGGGAAGAUAUGAAAGGUUAUGAUUAUGCUGAUAUCUAUGUUGAUCAUAUAGUAGAUGAACCUGAAGUUGUAACAAAAGAUGAAAUAAGAGAGUAUGUUGAAGUUCAACAAGAAACAAUAAAUGUUGACUCAGAUGAUGAAGUACAUCUUGAGGAUAAUGACGAAGACAAUGUUGAGGAAAUGGAGAAAGUCCAGCUUGAGCAGAGAGAAGAAGUUCAGGGUGAGAAAAGUGAGGAAGAUGAAGACUUUGUCCAGGAUGAUAAUGAUGAUUUAGAUGAUAAUGAAUUCAAUGAGCUAGAUGAAGAUGAUUGA